ACCUGGGCCCUGUGGCCUGCAGGUGUUUGGGAGGCAGUUGCUGGGGCAACGGAAACAGGGCGUUUCAGAGGUGGUUGUCAUGGGAACCUGGAUGCUGACGAAGGCUUGUGAGGCUUAGAGGAGACAAAUUGCCCUCAUCAUUAUCUCCAAGCUUGCCAAUCAAACCCAUUCCCUCAUUUCCCUCUGCUCGGGGAAGCGAGCAGCUGGGAGCCCCCAGAGGAGCCGGGGAGAGGAGUGGCACAGUGAGCUGUGAGCCGUCGCUUGCCUGCCAGCCCAGUUCUUCUCCAGCUCCACAGCUCUCCUCACCUGGCUUUGCCUCCUUGCCUCACUGGGCAGCAUGGCCACGAUUACCUGCACCCGCUUCACUGAAGAGUAUCAGCUCUUUGAGGAACUGGGCAAGGGUGCCUUUUCCAUCGUUAGAAGGUGUGUGAAAGUGUUAGCUGGUCAAGAGUAUGCUGCCAAGAUUAUCAACACGAAGAAACUCUCAGCCCGAGAUCAUCAGAAGCUGGAGCGAGAGGCCCGCAUCUGCCGCCUGCUGAAGCAUCCAAACAUUGUCCGACUCCAUGACAGCAUAUCGGAGGAAGGGCAUCACUACCUGAUAUUUGACCUGGUCACGGGUGGGGAGCUGUUUGAGGACAUUGUGGCUCGAGAGUACUACAGUGAAGCUGACGCCAGUCACUGCAUCCAGCAAAUCCUAGAGGCUGUCCUUCAUUGCCACCAGAUGGGUGUGGUGCAUCGGGACUUGAAGCCGGAGAACCUGCUCCUUGCAUCAAAGCUGAAGGGGGCUGCCGUGAAGCUGGCUGACUUUGGCCUGGCCAUCGAGGUGGAAGGGGAGCAGCAGGCGUGGUUUGGCUUUGCAGGGACACCAGGGUACCUCUCUCCUGAAGUUCUCCGAAAAGACCCAUAUGGGAAGCCUGUGGAUCUUUGGGCAUGUGGUGUCAUCCUAUACAUCUUGUUGGUAGGAUAUCCUCCUUUCUGGGAUGAGGACCAACACCGACUAUACCAGCAGAUCAAGGCUGGAGCCUAUGAUUUCCCAUCCCCGGAAUGGGACACGGUUACCCCAGAAGCGAAGGACCUGAUUAAUAAAAUGCUCACCAUCAACCCCUCCAAGCGCAUCACAGCUGCUGAAGCCCUCAAGCACCCCUGGAUCUCUCACCGAUCUACAGUGGCCUCCUGCAUGCACAGACAGGAGACUGUGGACUGCUUGAAGAAAUUCAAUGCAAGGAGGAAACUGAAGGGAGCUAUCCUUACCACCAUGCUGGCCACCAGGAACUUCUCUGGAGGAAAGAGCGGGGGCAACAAGAAGAACGAUGGUGUGAAGAAAAGAAAGUCCAGUUCCAGUGUUCAGUUAAUGGAAUCCUCUGAGAGUACCAAUACCACCAUUGAAGAUGAAGACACCAAAGUGAGAAAGCAAGAAAUCAUUAAGGUGACAGAGCAGCUGAUCGAAGCAAUAAGCAAUGGGGAUUUUGAGUCCUACACGAAGAUGUGUGACCCUGGGAUGACAGCCUUUGAACCUGAGGCUCUGGGAAACCUGGUUGAAGGCCUGGACUUCCACCGAUUCUACUUUGAAAACCUGUGGUCCAGGAACAGCAAGCCUGUCCACACCACUAUCCUGAACCCCCACAUCCACUUGAUGGGUGAUGAAUCAGCCUGCAUUGCUUACAUCCGCAUCACACAAUAUGUGGACGCCAAUGGUAUCCCUCGCACUGCCCAGUCUGAGGAGACCCGCAUCUGGCACCGCCGGGAUGGCAAAUGGCAGAUCGUCCACUUCCACAGAUCUGGAGCACCUUCAGUUCUACCACAGGAAACCGAGGCCCCAAGAGGUCAACUGACUUGCCCGAAGUCACACAGUUGAAAUUCUGAUUGGGUUGUACACUCCCUGGCUGCACCAUGGAGAUCUACCCUUCUUCAUCUGCAGCAUGUGGCUGCUGGUUCUACCAUGUGCUGGAAAUCCCAUCAUCAUCAUCAUCACCACCACCAAGCUCCUCACAGAAGCCAAGAACAUCUGCCAACCAACUCAAGCCAUCAUGCACCAGAGAACAAACGGCCACAGUUAUUCAUUUACUUUUCUUUUUCUUUAUUUGUCUCUCCCUGUUUUGCUUUUCAUUUUAUCUUCUGAUCGUGUGCAUGAGCCAGGCCUAGGGGCACAGAUUGUCUUUCCUCUCCUGGGUCAACUGCUCCCAGCUCUUGGUAUAGAGAAUAACAUGAAAGGAAGGGACCCCUUCCCUCCAACCUCUGUGCCCCAGCUCUGGGAGCUAACGAUUUCCCAAGUGCUCACUCUUCUCUAUCAGCUGUGCUGCCUAUUGGACCUAACGGCAAACUCCCACAAGCUACCACUCCUUGCCAGAUGGAUAGAUGGGUAAAUCAAACCUGUCCCAUGCUGAUGCUAAGUCUUGCUAGCUAGCUAGCUAGCAUAAUGAGCAAGUCCCUAUUUGCCAGCUUUCCUGAUGUCUCAGACCUUUGCUCCUCCCUUUCUUUUGAAAUACUUUUGAGAGAAGGGCAGCUGACCCAAUAGAGAAGACCAUAUAUGGCAAAAAAAAAAAAAAAAAAAAAAAA